CCCUGAGGUCCCCGGCCCUCGCGGCGGCGGCGGCGGAGCGCUGAGGAAAACUGAGCCGGUCGGAAGAAGUCGAGCCCGAGGUGUUUCCGGUUCCGGUGUCAGUUCGAGGCGCCGCCGCCGCCGCCGCCGCCGCCGCUGGAGCCGCGAUGCCUAAAGGAGGGAGAAAGGGAGGCCACAAAGGCCGGGCAAGGCAGUACACAAGCCCUGAGGAGAUCGACGCACAGCUCCAGGCUGAGAAGCAGAAGGCCAGGGAAGAAGAGGAACAAGGAGAAGAAGGUGGAGAUGGGGCUGCAGGUGACCCCAAAAAGGAGAAGAAAUCCUUAGACUCAGAUGAGAGUGAAGAUGAAGACGACGAUUACCAGCAAAAGCGCAAAGGCGUGGAGGGGCUCAUCGACAUCGAGAACCCUAACCGGGUGGCACAGACAACCAAAAAGGUCACACAAUUGGACCUGGAUGGGCCCAAGGAACUUUCAAGGAGAGAACGAGAAGAAAUCGAGAAGCAGAAAGCAAAGGAGCGUUACAUGAAAAUGCAUUUAGCUGGGAAGACAGAGCAAGCCAAAGCUGACCUUGCCCGGCUGGCGAUCAUCCGGAAACAGCGGGAAGAGGCUGCCAGGAAGAAAGAAGAAGAGAGGAAAGCGUCCAGAGGCCACCUGUGUUCCUUGGCUCCGAGGCCCAGCGACACUCCCACCCACGGCCCCAUCUCUGACUCACCUGCCUGCCUCCCUCAUAAGGAUCCCUGGGUUUACAGUGGGCCCACCUGGAUAAUCCAGAAUCCUCUUCCUCUUUAACUUAAUUACGUCAGCAAAGUUCACGGUUCUGGGGAUUAGGACAUGGACAUCUUUGGGGGGGGCAUUAUUCUACCUACUGCACCCAGUAUUUAAAUUAUACAUGUAUAAAUAAAUAACCUAACCUUAUAAUACAUAUACUGAUCUACACGGGACCCGAGUCCACACGGGGUAGCUCACGUCUUGGCCACACUGCAGGUGCUGAGGGAAACCCUGACCCUCCACAUCAUUGCCUCCAGAGCUGGGCACACGUGGGAGCUAAACCACUUGGGUGAUGGCCGUUGGGCCAAACCGAGAGUCGCCUACGCAAUCAAUCUGGGUUCUGAGGCUGAAUAUUCUCAGAAUAUUCUGGAAAGAACUAUUGGAUUUUUCUUUGGUUAGUAAGACCCUUUAUACACUGCUUCCCACUCUACCAGUUAUAAGGGUCUCCGGGGCCUAUUAUAAUAGGGCCAGUGCCAAGCCUAAAAGUGAACCUCGGUUUUCCUGAGUAUCUAACAGGAAUUAGUUUUUUUUUUUAAAGAUUUUAUUUAUUUCAGAGAGAGAGAGAGGGUGAGAGAGAAAGCACAAGCCGGGGGGAGGGACAGAGGGAGAGGGAGAAGCAGACUCCCCACUGAGCAGGGAGCCCGAUGCGGGGCUGGAUAUCAGGACCCGGGGAUCAUGACCUGAGCUGAAGGCAGACGCUUAACCCACUGAGCCACCCAGGUGCCCCUACUAAUCCUGUUUUUACUGCCAUUUUACAGCUGAGGAUACGGAGGCUCAGCGAUGUUAACUAGAUUGCUCAGGGUCACACAACUUGGCAGAACUAUAACCUGACAUUAAAGCCCAAAGCCUUGAAUCAAAGGGCUCUGGCAGUCACCCAGAGGCCCCCCAGAUUGGCAGUUAUUGUGGCCCCGGGCCCGGCAGCACCGUUGGUUUCCAGCUGGACGGGUGAGAAAAAAGACAAUUCUGGCUAAGUUCUUGGAGGCAAAGUUAGAAAUUUUUGUUCUUUGUUGCCAUUGUUUCUCUCAUGGAAUACGGUGUUUCUCUAAAAACCUCUGGGCUUGCUGGCCAAACCAUGUGAUUUAAUGAUACGAAAAGGGAAUUUUUAGCUGAUUCCUCUUUAGGGCCUACUUUUGUCCCGUGACAAUGGCCUUGCGGAUGCACAGGUGCAAACACGUAUAACAGAAAGGGGCUCCUGCCAUCCGGGGUCCCGAGAGGUGGCUACCGCAACAGGGACGAGGCAGGCCCACCAGGCCAGCCCCUCGGCUGCUGAGAUUCUCUCCUGGAGGAAAGUGAUGCUCCCCAUGAGACACCAAAAGGGCAAAAUUACUCUUCAGAAUGUACCACGAUAUAAAGCACUGUUACCAGUGUCCUAAAACCAGGGUUGUCUUUGAAUCACUGUGAGGCAGGAGGCAAGGGAGGCUCGGGGGGCAAGUUGAUCAAAGUCAAGUCAUUUUGGAUUUAGGCUGACCCCUAACCUAAAAGUCAGCAGGUCAUAAAAAGAGUCGUGAGACCCCUCUCCCUCUGGCAGUAAAAGCCACAAAGUUUGGACACUCUUACCACUGCUCCCCGUGGGUAGUUCUGCAACCUAAGCAAUGGAAAAACUGCCCGAUGGAAAUGCUAAACCCGAAGUUAAAGAGUAAGCCCCUCCCUGUACAGCUAGCUAAUUUUUAAAAACGCGUAAAACCCCUUGUUGGAGGCAAAACAGCGGUGGCGGGCAGGGGUGGGGUCCACUUCCCCAUACUCUGUAAAGCAGCUCCUUUCUUACUUCUACACUUAUCUUUGUCCCUUUCUAUAAAUGGCUUGCUCUUGAAUUCUCUCUCGUGCAAAGCCAAGAACUCUUUUGGUGAGGGGCCUCAACCCAUCAGACCUCAACUGCUCCCCUUCUCCUGGGCCAGGGAGAGCAGGAAUAUGGCUGUGCCCAAGGCUACUCUGUAUUUACUUCCUUUGCUAAUUAUUUAUAUUUGCACCUCUCAAGAUUCUCAGUAUUGGGACGUCAAACUUCCCGUCUGAUCAUGAGGAGAACUCAGUUUGGGCCCAGUAAUGUCUAGCGGAAACUGUUAAGGUAACGUGUCCCUUUCCUGUCCCCACGGCACCCUCCCCCGCAGCACGUCCCCGCAGCGUGCUAUGAGGGGGGGCUGCCCCUGCCCCGGGCACAGAGCGGCCCCACAGAGUGGCGCCUCAGAGCAGGCUCAGCAGCUGGGCAUCUCUGCGGCCUCGUGUGCAGCUCUCCGAGGCUGGAAGACAGCAAUCAGUAAAUGCUGCUUUUCUCAGAGGUGGGGUAGGGUGGCUCGAUUUCAGAAUCCAAGAUUUUACCCUAAAAACGAACUAGUCUAAUGAAGCGUUUGUCCCUAUUUUUCUAAUGGAAACGGCAGAAGGAAACAAAACCAAAAACACAUCCAGUAUUUUUAUUUGUUUAGCGGACAAUGGACAUGUCUCCCACCCUUUCCUUUAAGUUAGUGUGACAAUUUUCCAUAAUAAACUACUUAAAGAGAAGCUUUGGUCAAGAAUGGAAUGAAAUAGCAAAAACAAAAAAACAGAAAAACCCAAAUCACGGCUGCUUUUAAAAAACCAACACUGUCACCAGUUAUAUUCAAACAAAAACACACAAA